CUUGUCCAUCACUCCAUUCGCCAUACGCAAUCCGCCACUAGCGCACCAGCACAAGCCAUGAACAUCGAUCAGCUGGGGGACCUCUUCGGCCCGCGGCAGAUGCGCAACUGCCUGCCAUGCAAGAAGCGCAAGAUCAAAUGCGACAGGAAGAUCCCAUGCGGGCCAUGUGCGCUGCGGAGGGACAUCAAGAGCUGUACCCCGGCGCUUGGGCGUCUCGAGGAGAUGGGCGGCGACGUCGCGUCCGUGUCCUCGACAGCAGACGGCUACGUCUCCUCGAAUGAGUUCCAGCUUCUCGCGAGCAAGGUUGAAGCGCUGCAAGCUAAGGUGCAGGAGCUCGAGGCGCGGGUCGGCUCCGGACCCCGGCAUCCCGCGUCGUCGGCGAGCACGGCUGCCUCACCUGCGCCGCAAGCCAAGGUCAUGAGCCGGCGGCACAUGGCCGACGACGAAAUGGUGUACGCCCUCGAAGACUUUCAGGGUGGGCACCGCAUCAACGCGAUGCGUAACAUCAGUGACUCCCCGGAGAUCACGACUGUGCGCUUUGGCAAUGGCGAGGGUGGGCACGACGUGUCGACUGCGCCCGCGGAUGUCACCGACGACCACCCCCUUUCGUUUGUCAUCACGCCCGGCACAGACUACCUCGCCAAAGCUCUCGCUCUUUUACCGGACCGACAGACGUGCGAACUCCUCGUCAACCAGUACUUUGAGAACGUGGAGUGGUUCCAACGUUGCCUGCACUACCCUUCGUUCAUGCACCAGUGCCGACAGUUCUGGACAGCGCCGCCACCGACCAGCCAGCUUAGUGCUGAUUUCAUCUGCACAUACAUCAUGGUCAUCUGUCUGGGCCUGCGGACUGUCGUCAACAACUUGCCCGGGAUGAACAACGCUCUAGCUCUCGCCGACCAGCUGUAUCAUGUCGCCGAAGGCGUGAUGUGGUGCUCGCGCUUCCUGAACCGCCAGACGUUCGAGUCCCUACAAGCCAUCUCACUGAUGACUAUUUACGGGUUCGGCAUGGAGGAUGGCUCGGAUGCGACCUGGGCUCUCCUCGGCACGGCUGUCAAGAUUGCUCAGAACCUCGGCAUGAACCGUCUCGAGGCUGAGGCGGCUGACAAAGUGUGGUCACCCGUGUGGAACACCCGUUUGAGACGCGAGAUGGGACGGCGCGUGUGGUGGACAUUUGUGUCCCUCGACUGGGCACAUGCCAUCGCCCACGGCUCUACCUACGUGAUUCACCCAACGCAGAAUCUCACCGCGCUGCCGCUCAAUAUCGAGGAAGAGCUGCUUGACGACCCUAACGCGCAGCCGCAGCCGCUUUCGACGUAUACUCACAUGAGCAUGCACAUCUUCCGAUUUAAAUUCGUCCAGAUGUACCGCGAAAUCACGGACCACAUGAUGACGCACCAAAACCCGUCGUAUCAGUUCAUCCUGGCCAUGGACGAUCAGAUUAUCGAGUUGGCGCGCAAUUUGCCAAAGCACUUUGGUGACCCGACAGACCUGCCUGGCGAUGCGGAGCCUAGCCUUGUCCUCGACAGCAUCUUCCUCAACAUCACCGCCAACAUCCGUCUGAUCCGCUUGCACCGGCCUUACCUUCUCCGAGGAUAUCAGGACCCGCGCUACCAUCGGUCGAAGGAUCGCUGCGUGUCCGCUUCGCAAACGGUGCUUCAGCUCAUCGAGCUCGCGACCCGUCGCGCACCCGUUCUUCUCGGCUUCUGGACUGUGCUAUUCUACGCCUUUUCAGCGGCUGUGCCCGUGGUCAUCGAUCACCUGUUUGACCCGACGGAUGAGAAACGCCAAAGCGUGCUCCAAAUUCUUGAGACGUUCCGCGAGCACACAGCCCUCUCACCUGCAGCCAGGAAGAGCGUGUUUGUUCUCGAGCGCCUUCUCGAGGUCGAGAACCAGUUCCGUGAUCCAACUACGGGAGAAGCGUCGAUGAAGCGCCGCCGUGGCGAGAACGGGCCGGAGGCCGCAAUGUCACCUGGCACGCAGCAGGCGGAUGAGCUGCUGCGGUCGACGAUUCGGAACAUCCUCGAGCGCGCGACGCAGAGCGAGUCGACGCAGCAGCGCAACAUGCCCCCACCAAUUGUCGGCGGCAGGGCCAACGCUCAGGAGCAGCAUGGUACAUUCAAUGAGCUUGCACCAGCAGACGCGCUCGGGCUUGACUCGAUGUGGGCGCCGCCGUUCGACAUUCUAGACACGCUGUGGACUCAGACGGAAAACUCUUGGCCCGCACAGUAGAUCAGGUCUUCACCCACUUGUAUUCUUGCUAUCUUGGAUAAGAAUGUAACGCAGUCUGGCUGAGCCAAUGAGUGACCACCCAUUUCCAGUACUCUUGGC